CCGACCUCUUAUCACUUAUCUAUUUUGCGUUAUCAGCUAACUUUUGUAGGCCGGUUUGUAUUUAAACCUGUUGUGUUGGGUAGCCUUAGCGUUUUUUUAAAUUUUUUUCCAACGUUCCAACUUCUGAACUUUUAAGUACUACUGCAGUACUGUAUUGUAAGUUCCCCGUCGGCGCCGGAAAAUUUACAUCAGAAAAAUAAACAUGUUGGAAUAUCCUACAUUUGAAUGUUAUUCUCGUAAAUUGAUGACAUUAACAUUAAUAUUUAAAAAUGAUGAAAUCUUAUUGGGUAUGAAAAAUCGUGGAAUGGGGAAAGGUAAAUGGAAUGGUUUUGGUGGCAAAGUAGAACCAAAUGAAACAAUCGAUGAUGCUGCUAAACGUGAAGUAAAAGAAGAGUGUGGGUUGGAUGUAAUAUCUAUGAAAAAAAUUGGUAUUAUAGAUUUUGAAUAUGUUGGUUCAAAAGAAAUAUUGGAAGGACAUAUAUAUUUCUGUGAUCUAUUUGAAGGUGACAUAGUUGAAUCUGAUGAAAUGGCGCCAAUAAAAUGGUUCAAAAUUAAAGACUCCCCGUGCGAUAACAUGUGGAUUGAUCAUAAAUUUUGGUUUCCUAUGGUAUUGAAACAAAUUUCAUUUAAAGCACAUUUCAAGUAUUUAAAUGAUGAUACAAUGCUAGAUAGUACCAUUGUAUUAUUAAAUACUGUCAAUAAAACUAAGGAAACUUGUGUUAAUGUUGUUGUUAAAAAAUAUAACCAAUUAUUAAUUUGUAAACAUGCAGAUGCAUCAGAAUACUUAAAUAAGUAUCAACAAGUUAUGAUAGGAGAGUCUAUAGAAAAUGCAGCUUUAAGAUAUUUAAAAAGUCAUUAUGAAGUAACCACAGAGGAAUUACAAAAAAUAGCUGUUGUUAAUAUUGAAUUCAUUGAUAAGCCAUGUAUUCAAGAAAUUCAUUUUUUUGUUAUAGACAUUUCAAAAUCAACAAAUGCUACAUUAACUAAUGAUUGUCAAUGGUUUGAUAUAAACAACAUACAAGCUAAAAAAUUAUGGCCAGAUGAUAAGUUUUUGUCUACAUUAUUUAUGAUGAAACCAUUUAAUGCAUAUUUUCUAAUUGACAAUGAUAAUGUAUUAUGCAGCAAAUAUAACAACAAUUAAUAAAGUAAAUUGUUCAUUUAUUAAGUGGGUGUUAUCGUAUGUUCAGACUGAACCAUUGGUAUAUUCAGGAAUGUUUCAUGGUGGGGAUUUGAUCAUGCAGUUUUGAAGGAAACUAUAAUAUCUUGGUUUAAUGAAUGAGAAAACAAUGUUAUGUGUAAAAGCCUAUUUUAUAAAGAUGAGUUUUUGAUUAAUAAUGGAAUAUGUAUAUAUGUCACUAUGAAGUCAAUUGAUUUAUUGCAAAUUUAUUUUAAUAUGUGUGGACUAAACAUGAGAGCAAUUUUUCGAUACAAUACGCCAAUCUAUUGGACCAAAUGAUAAAUUUAUAUAUCCAUCCUUCAUAGAAGUCUACAAAUUAUCGAUUUUUCGACAUCUAUGAUACAUUAUCAGAUUUAAAAUAAACCUUUUGAAAAUAAAGUAAAAGUUAUUAGAAUGAAAUAAUUGCUAGAUUUCUUGGAUUAAGAAAGUGAUUGGAAUUCUAACUUAGAUAUAUCAUCCCAAGAUCAUUAAUAUUGUAAUAAAAUUAAAACAGCAUUUAAAGAAUGUGGUUUAUGUAUUGUAAUGUUUGCAAAUAAGUUUAAAACACACAAUACGUAAUAUUUGUCACUUUGUUUUGGAAGGUAACUUAUUCUCGGUCUAAUAUAUUCACUGGCAUAUUUUCAAAUUUUUUGUUUUCAGA